GACUCGGUGAGCUGAGUUUGCUUCAGACACCACCUUGUUGCAGUUGCCGCUCUUAGACUUACAGCGGUAAUAAACCAUCUAUUUGUGGGGCUAAAACAAUAGGAUUUUACCGAUGGAGGCCUUUUAAUAACUUUUCUGACCGCAAGGUGGCCUGAAGUGAAUCAACCAACAUGAGCUGGGGGGCGUUGUAUGCCCAGCUGGGUGGCGUGAACAAGCACUCCACCAGCCUUGGCAAGAUCUGGCUGUCCGUCCUCUUCAUCUUCCGCAUCACCAUCCUAGUACUGGCUGCCGAGAGCGUCUGGGGCGACGAGCAGUCCGACUUCACCUGCAACACACAGCAGCCCGGCUGCAAGAACGUCUGCUAUGACCACUUCUUCCCGGUCUCGCACAUCCGCCUCUGGUGUCUGCAGCUCAUCUUCGUGUCCACUCCGGCGUUCCUGGUGACCAUGCACGUGGCCUACCGCAAGCGAGGGGCCAAGAAGGACCUCAUCGCCACGCGAGGAGAUAAGCCUAACGAAGACGACCUCGAGAGUCUCAAGAAGCGGCGGCUGCCCAUCACUGGCCCCUUGUGGUGGACGUACACCUGCAGCCUGUUCUUCCGUCUGAUUUUCGAGGGCGGCUUCAUGUACGCCCUCUACUACGUCUACGGCGGCUUCCACAUGCCCAGGCUGGUCAAGUGUGAGCAGUGGCCUUGCCCCAAUAAGGUGGACUGCUUCAUGUCCCGCCCCACGGAGAAGACGGUGUUCACCAUCUUCAUGGUGGGCUCCUCGGCCAUCUGUAUGAUUCUUAAUCUCGCUGAGUUGGCCUACCUGAUCGCCAAGGCCCUGAUACGAUGCUCGGCGCGGAUGCAGAGGAAGAAGCACGCCUACACUCACCCAGAAAAUGCAACCAAGGACAAGGCUUACUUGCAGAACAAAAAGAAUGAGAUGUUACUGUCGUCCUCUACGGACUCCAGCACUGGCAAGGCGGUGUGAAGCCCUAGCAAUGUGGCGUCUGCCCCCCACCCGCCCAAAGCAGAGGCCACAGAAGAUUACAUGUUACGUUACGUGUUCAGUAUUCUAACAGAUUUUAAAGUUUUUCUUUUUUAGUCAUUGUUUUUUUUCUCCCAUUGGCAUUUUAAUUUUAGAAGUGCCAUAUUUGGGAAGACAUGAAGGUUUAAUCAACUUUGUUACUUUUAGCUUCAUCUUCUGUGUAGAUGGAGUGCAUACUUAGACAAGCAGUGAAUGUCAUAAUGUGGUUUACAUGAAUGAAAUGAAGGUCAUUUAUAUACCCCUUAACUGUCACAUGAAUUUAAUGCAAGCAUGUGAGAUGGAGCAGCAAUGACAUCUAGUGGUAAAUGUCAGCCAUAAUCAUUUCACAACUGUUGAGCAUUAUUUUUGUUGAAGGUAUAUAAUAAUGCCAACUUACUUGAGACACUGAGGUUGUUAAAGAAAACAAAACAUAGCUUCUUUCCAUCAUGUGUGUCAUCCACUGAAAUGCUUACAGAAACAGUCUGUGCCUUAGUGUUUGCAACCCCACUUCAGUCAAGGGCUGUACUUCAAGUAAUUUUGAAGUCAUUCAAGAGUUUUAACGUUUAUUUGAGAUGUGCUCCAUUCAUUUUUUCAGUUUUUCAAGAUAUUUUUCAAAUCAAGAUAUUCUUCGAAGACUUUGCCAGUUGUGUCAUUUUUUAAACUAACUCCAAAGAAGUAUUUAGUUUCUUUAAUAAACUAAAAACGUGGCAUUAGUGCUUGUGUUAAGUCCAGUUCCUAUGUGCCAUGUAGCCUUAAACUAAUGAGGACUGUGACAUCUCCACUUCCAGCUUUUAUUGUAGAGGAAGGGGGGGGGGGGGCAUUCCAAAAUAAAUAAAAGUUAUAACAUCAGGUGAAACUGGCUACACCUUAGGGCUGUAACAAACUAACUUGAAAGUAAUUCCUGUGAAUCACACCAUUUUCAAUAACUCCACAUAGCCCGUCUAGUCAUAUGGCAUCAAGUGAAAUGUCAAAGGCACGUCAUCUGUGUGUUUAGGUACGCCUGCCUCCUGUCACCUGCCACGCUCAAUCCAUUCUAGCCAAUAGAGUUGGGCAAGGCUACUUGUUACCAGUUGCCCUGUUAGUCGGGCCACGGCAAAUGCAACAAUUACAACAUGUCGCCUUAAGAAAGGUAUAGGCUACCCCGAGCACCCAGCUCAGCCAGCAGCGGAUCACUUUUCAGGCCGUUUAUUUUAGCCGCACUGCACUUACACUGUACGCUACACGUGUUUCUUUGAGCGCUUAUCACUAAUGUCAAUAGGCCAUGGAAAUACAUGACUGGAAAUAACGCUGCAGUAGCCUACCUAUGCUCAAUGAAAUGGAUUUCUUUUCCGCCACCCAAAGUUUUAACUGGGAGGCCUGUUGUGGGAUGCGAUUAUCUGAUCACGUAAGAUAUCACCUGUCUUCAUCUGUUAAGAGCAAUUGCUUGCUCGUUUUACAAUCUGUUUAUCUUCCACUCCAGAAUGUCACUUUAAUGUUUUAUUUCAUUUUAUUUUUUUACAUGAUUAUCCACUUUGUGCAGCAAAAAAGCAGGCCCACAUUGGGUUCACACGAUGGGUCUGUCAUUCAUGUCGACAUAAAAAACGAAAAUAAAAUCUCUUCAAAUUAUAAAAGGAGAUUAGCCUAUAUUGGUUGACUUGUAUCCAUGGAGGCUAGUUAACUAUGUAUGACUGUUAGUUGCACUUUUCAUUCAUCUGCCUUUUACUCUGCCAUAGAAUCAUCUCUAUAAUUAAAUGAGAAAGAAGCACAA